GGGGGGGGCACAGAGUCCCCGCUUCCUGUGAGACAUCAGGGAGCCCCUUAGCCCCCCACCCAGUGUCUUCAUCUACAAUGCAGAGCUAAGAACCCCCCACUGGGGUGUCCUGUGGAUUAAGGGAAAUAGUAUCACAUCAGGGGCCUGCAUUCAGGAGGCGAUUAAUUAUGGCGGUUAUCAGUAUGAAAAUGCGGAAGUGGGAAGGGACUCCGGCCCCCUCGCCUCCAAGGACCACUUCUUCUCUCGGAGGAUUUUGAAACCCAUCAAAGCCCUCGCUAGCCCCCACAGGAGCCUGGCGGCACUGACAGGCAUGGUUGCCAUGCUCCCACCGCGGGGAGAUGCCAGUCCAGCCCCGGCUGAGAGAACAUGUGAGCCGUCGACCUCUGCAGCCUCGCCUGGGGACUUGGGUCCUUUCUGCUCAGUGUCUUGAGAUGUUAGUUUCAGGCUCCUGUACAGUCCGCCCAGAUGCCAGGCUGGUCCCGCUCCCCCGCCGUGCAGGCGAGCAGCGUGGGGCCCAGAGAGGGCUGUGCCCGGGGUCUGCCCGGGAAGGGCUGGGCCAGAGGGGCCGGGCGUGCAUCAGAACGAGGCGUCAGGAAGAGUAACAGGCCUUUACCUGAGCGGCAUUUCAGAGCCAGGCUCUUCGGAUGCCAUCGUCCCCAUCAGCGGGGGGCGCAGGGCAGCCGGAAAGCAGGGGCUGCGUGAUUGCGGGUGGUCACACGGCCGGGAAGGGACGGCUUUGAGAUGCAGAGCCAGGAAUGCUGGACUCGGGGUGAGGCGAUGAGGCCCUCGUCCCAGCGUACAGUUUAAGAGGGGCACACAGCAAACCCUCCGCAAUCAGGAUAAACACUAUAGCAAUGUAAUAUGUCUAGAAACCAAAUAGCAAACUACCCUCCACGGGGGGCGGGCCGUCCGCUUUUGUAACGUUUCGUCGGAACCAGGGCCGGGAUUAGGGCAAGGCGUGGCGACGGGGGGUGUGUGCAAGUGCAGGGUUGGAUCCUGUCUUUGUUCAAAACUGUGUUUAUUACGGAUGUUUUGCAUUAUUUUCCAUUUUUAAAUAUUGCAUUGAACUGUCAUCUGCUUGAUUGCUGAGUUCUGAGGCACUUCCUUGAGUGCUGUACCCCAGGCGAGGGCCGCCCUUGCUUCCCCUGAUCUUGUCCUGCUGAGGUGUGAGGCGCGGGUCAGUGGCGGGGCUCUGCAGCCAACAGGGCCUUUCGGGGCCGGGCCCAGGUCGCCGCUGGGGUACGGAGCUGCUCGGAGGCACCGGGGAGUUGGGGGCAGCAGCACCCAAUCUAAGAGCCAGGAGACCUCGGGUGACCCGGUGCCUUCUUCCCCCUUUUCUCUGGGCCUCGGGUGCUCCAUUUGCGCAACGGGCAUUGCACAGUGCUGAGCUCAGACCGGAGGGACAAGCGGUGAGCAGGGCACCUGUUGAGGACGGUGCCCACCAGCUGCCUCGCCGGGAAGCCCAUCAGGCGCAUCCGGUCCCAGCCUCCCGCCCAGCGCCUGACUUUGGUUAAGGACGGAGGAUGCAACGAGACGCGGUGAUGACCUCCCCCUGAGGAAGCCCCGCCGUGUGACCAGAGGAAGGGGCUGCCCCCUCGGCCCCACCCGGCCGCCAUGAACACCUCGGCCCCACCCGCCGUCAGCCCCAACAUCACCGUCCUGGCACCAGGAAAGGGUCCCUGGCAAGUGGCCUUCAUCGGCAUCACCACGGGCCUCCUGUCCCUGGCCACCGUGACGGGCAACUUGCUGGUGCUCAUCUCCUUCAAGGUCAACACAGAGCUCAAGACCGUCAACAACUACUUCCUGCUCAGCCUGGCCUGCGCCGACCUCAUCAUCGGCACCUUCUCCAUGAACCUCUACACCACGUACCUGCUCAUGGGCCACUGGGUCCUCGGCACGCUGGCCUGCGACCUCUGGCUGGCCCUGGACUACGUGGCCAGCAACGCCUCGGUCAUGAACCUGCUGCUCAUCAGCUUCGACCGCUACUUCUCCGUGACCCGGCCCCUGAGCUACCGCGCCAAGCGCACGCCCCGCCGGGCGGUGCUGAUGAUCGGCCUGGCCUGGACGGUGUCCUUCGUGCUCUGGGCCCCGGCCAUCCUCUUCUGGCAGUACCUGGUGGGCGAGCGGACGGUGCUGGCCGGGCAGUGCUACAUCCAGUUCCUCUCGCAGCCCAUCAUCACCUUCGGCACCGCCAUGGCCGCCUUCUACCUCCCGGUCACGGUCAUGUGCACACUCUACUGGCGCAUCUACCGGGAGACGGAGAACCGGGCCCGGGAGCUGGCGGCCCUAGGUGUCUGUGCCCCGCAAGCCUCUGAGGCCAGAGCCCUCCCGGUCCAGCCGCCGGAGCUGCAGGAGGCGGCUGAGCCGGACGUGCACCAGUUCACCCCAACGCUGCACCCCUCCCACCCGAGCUGCGGCUGCUGCCGGGCCCCCAAGCUGCUGCAGGCCUACAGCUGGAAGGAGGAGGAGGAGGAGGACGAAGGCUCCAUGGAGUCCCUCACGUCCUCGGAGGGUGAGGAGCGGGCCCCGACGGUCAAGAGGCCGACGCGGAAGGGCCGGGAGCGCACGGGCAAGAGCCAGAAGCCGCGCGGGAAGGACCAGCUGGCCAAGCGGAAGACCUUCUCGCUGGUCAAGGAGAAGAAGGCGGCGCGGACCCUGAGCGCCAUCCUGCUGGCCUUCAUCCUCACCUGGACGCCGUACAACAUCAUGGUGCUGGUGUCCACCUUCUGCAAGGACUGCGUCCCCGGGACGCUGUGGGAGCUGGGCUACUGGCUCUGCUACGUCAACAGCACCGUCAACCCCAUGUGCUACGCGCUCUGCAACAAGGCCUUCCGGGACACCUUCCGCCUGCUGCUGCUCUGCCGCUGGGACAAGCGGCGCUGGCGCAAGAUCCCCAAGCGCCCCGGCUCUGUGCACCGCACCCCCUCCCUUUAGCCGUGACCUCAGGCCCCG